AUGCUCCGCCAGGCUAGCCAGUCGAUAUUGUCCAAAGGACGCCGGACGUUCUCGCAAUCUGCGGCUCGUAGAAGCUAUGCGGACACUAUUCAGAACCUACUCAUCCAUAAGGACACCAAGGUGCUGUGUCAAGGGCUUACGGGGAAGACUGGUACUUUCCAUGUAAGAGAAGCGCUAGACUACGGGACGAACAUGGUCGGCGGCGUGUCGCCCAACAAAGCCGGUCAGACACAUCUGGGACUCCCAAUUUUCGGGAGUGUACGAGAGGCAGUAGCUGCCACGAAACCCGACGCAACUGUCCUGUACGUGCCCCCGCCAACGGCGGCCGACGCGAUUAUCGAGGCUAUCGAGAAUGAGAUUGGGCUCAUUGUGUGCAUUACGGAGGGAAUUCCUCAGUCCGAUGAGAUUCGUGUGAUGAACGCACUGAAGAGCCAGUCAAAGUCACGGCUUGUCGGUCCCAACUGUCCUGGCGUUAUCAACCCUCUAGGGUGUAAAAUGGGCAUCCAGCCAGGGCAUAUACACAAACCUGGGCGAAUCGGCAUCGUCUCGCGGUCCGGAACGCUAACGUACGAGGCCGUGGCGCAGACGACGGACGUGGGCCUCGGUCAGUCACUUUGCAUCGGCAUUGGGGGCGACCCGUUCCCCGGUACCCAGCACGUCGACGUCAUCAAGGUCUUCCUCGAGGACCCUAAUACGGAAGGUAUUGUGAUCAUCGGAGAGAUCGGUGGGUCGAUGGAGGAGGAGGCUGCUGAGUACCUGGAGAAGUAUAACAAGAGUCGGCCGAAUCCUAAACCGGUGGUUGGGUUCAUUGCUGGACGUACGGCGCCGCCAGGGCGUCGUAUGGGACAUGCUGGUGCCAUCAUCUCUGGCGGAAAAGGUGCCGCUGGUGACAAGGUGAAGGCGCUGGAGCAGGCGGGCGUCGUCGUCACAGACAGCCCGGCUAAAAUUGGGUCAGAGAUGCUUAAAGCAAUGAAAGCCGCUGGCCUCGUCUGA